AAAUCUCUUCGUCUCUUCGCCCUUCUCUUUCUACUUUGAUACUCUCUCUCUCUUUGUGUAUCUCUUUCUUUCUUUCUCUCUAGUCUCUGCGGUCUGCAAACAGAGAUAGAGAAAGUGAAGAGAGAUGUGUAUGGUGGGGGGUGUAAGCUUUUCUUUUGUAUAAUGAGAAGAGGACUCAAACCUCUUCUUCUCAGAAGAAGAUGGCAAUAAAUCAACAUCAUCAACAAACACCACCACAGCCCCCCAACUCGUCUUCUUUUUUAUUGGAUGCUCUCUACUGUGAGGAGGAGAGGUGGGAGGAGGAAGAAGAAGAUGAGUGUUUGCAGCAGGAAGCCUGUGAGAAAUAUGGCAAUGUUGAUAAUGAUGGGAUAGACCCUUCAUCUACUCUUCUUCCUCUGCUGUUGCUGGAACAGGAUUUGUUCUGGGAAGAUGAGGAGCUUCUGUCUCUUUUCUCCAAAGAAGAGCAGCAAGCGAGUCUCGGUGCCGGCAAUGGUGAAAUGGAUGGUGCUCUCGCUGUAGCUCGGCGUCAGGCCGUGGAGUGGAUGAUGAAGGUCAAUGCCCAUUACGGAUUCUCAGCUGUAACUGCGAUUCUCGCCAUUAACUACUUGGAUAGGUUCCUUUCAAGCCUCCAUUUUCAGAGAGAUAAGCCAUGGAUGAUCCAGCUAGCAGCUGUGACUUGUCUCUCCUUGGCUGCCAAGGUGGAAGAGACCCAAGUGCCUCUCCUCCUAGACCUGCAAGUGGAGGACAGCAAGUAUGUGUUUGAAGCGAAAACAAUUCAGAGAAUGGAGCUUCUGGUGCUCUCAACUCUUCAAUGGAAGAUGAACCCAGUCACCCCACUCUCCUUCAUUGAUCACAUCAUAAGAAGGCUUGGAUUGAAGACCCAUCUCCACUGGGAGUUUCUCCGCCUAUGCGAGCGUUUUCUCCUCUCUGUCGUCGCCGAUUCGAGGUUCGUCCGUUACCUUCCUUCUGUAUUGGCUACUGCAACAAUGCUUCACGUAAUAAAUCAUGUUGAGCCCUGCAAUCCUAUUGAAUACCAAAACCAGCUUCUGGGAAUCCUCAAAAUCGACAAGGAUAAAGUGACUGAAUGCCAUCAACUCAUUGUGGAAGUAUCAAACACCCAUUUCUAUGCUCAAAACAACCCUCGCAAGCGCAAGUACACCAAAAUUCCUGGCAGCCCAAAUGGUGUGAUGGAUGCAUAUUUCAGCUGUGAUAGCUCAAACGAUUCUUGGGCUGUGGAAUCAUCAGUGUCCUCUUCACCGGUCGACCCUCUCUUCAAGAAAAGCAGAACCCAGGAGCAGCAGAUGCGGUUGCCAUCACUGAACCGUGUCUUUGUGGAUGUCAUUGGCAGCAGUCCUCGUUAAUCUCUCUACAAGAGCAUAUAUAUAUAUAAUUAUUCUAUUAUGUCUAUUAUGGUGCAAGUUUAAUUGUCUGCCAUCUCUGGACUUCCACUAUGAAGCUCUUCAACAUGUCUCAAAGAGAGUUUUGCACUGCGGAGAAUGGCUGGCAUUUCCGAACAGAAAGGACUAGAGAGUAUUAUCUGCUCUUUCCCCGCUUAAUGCUGCUAUGAGAUAUGUCUUCUCUGUAACUCUCUUUUGAGUCUCUUCCCAGUUCCCAGUUCCCAACAUACUUUUUAUAUGGACAUAUAUAUUUUAUAUUUUUAUCAUAAAUUCAAAACAUUUUUGGCCAUCUUUGUA